AUGCCUUCCAGAUUAAAUGCGCCGGUCUUGACCGUUGACGCCGGACUUAUUCACAAAGUCGAUACAAGAAACGUGGAGAACCUUUACAGCAUGUGGACUGUCUUCUCAAGAUGUGCUGGAUCCUUAGAAGAAGGUCAAAGAUUAGAAAAUUUAAGCUGGAGAUUGUGGAACAGAGAAACCUUUUGCUGUGAACCAACUUCAGAAGCAAACACUACCACACCCAUCAUUUCACGAUCCUCAAGAAGUUCCGAAGGUCUAGAUUCGAAUAACGUUCCAGAAUUAAGUGGAAGUUUAGAUUCACUCGUGGACGAAGAGGCCAUCGAAUUCGAAGAAGGUUCCGAUGCUUCUCCUCUCGAUAUCUCACACCGACAAAUUCACAGACAAGAUUCCUGCAAUAGCAGAAGUCGAGGAAAGGAACGUCACAUUACACCUGAUGAUCUUGAGAAGAUGGUUAUCACUAUCAAGGAAAAGAAAGAUCUCGCUCCUCUUACCAUCUCUACACCUUACCUUGCACCACUCUCCGAGAGAAUCCCAGAAUUCGUUCAACCAAAGUAUGAAUCACCUGCCAUGCCAUCAAAUGAGUCUUUCUCAAUCAACUCAUCAAAUCAAUCUGCCGCCAUGGAAUCAUCAAGCAGCAACUCCGAAAAGAGUGCCACUUCAGUUGUCAAGGGUUUCUCUCUCUCACCUGCACACGUCAGCAGCUCAAUGCGUUCCAUCCCACUCAACACCGUACCAUCCUCGAUACCCACUGCCGAUAUCCUCGCAACAGAUUCAAAAGCACUUGCACCCAAGAAGACGCAAAUGUUCGCUCUUGGUGGAUCUUCCGGUGAAGACUCACUCAGUGAACAAGCAGCUUCAAUGGAUGACAAGCCAUUAACACUCCAACAAAAGAAGAAGCCAGCUAAAUUUAGCUUCGGUGGAUCAUCAAACGAAGACGAGAGCUCUCUACCAAACAGAAUGCAACCACGUAGUGCAUUGACUGACAAACUUCAAAAGCCUUUGGCCAAGAAGCAAACUUCUUUCCAAGAAGAGGUUGCCACUAGAACCAUUCAAGAGGAGGCAUUCGAUGAUGAUGUCUUCGAGACAGAUGACGAGGAUGAUGUCGACGAGUCUGCCAUUGACGAUGACGAUGAUUCCUCUGAUUGGGAAGAUUCAGUCGAGGAUUCUGGAAACGCAAGUAUCGAUGACAAGACCUUCUUUCAACGAGUUGAUUCAAGACCUCAACUCACCUCUAGACGAUCAUUGAUCACCACCAUGCUUCACCAAAACGAUCGUGCUCAAGCACUUGCCACCGAAGCUUCUCGAUCGACUCCAGCUCUUCGCAGAUCCCGAAACUCUUCGCCCAAUGGUCCUUCUCUCGCAGCAUCACCGGAAUCUGAUGAAACCCCUCUUAUGAUGAGAGGACUUAGACCAAUUGCCGAAGUUCCUCGUGGAGCUCAACCCAUUAUCAAGACAACCACCAACACUACCGCACAUCAACAAGCACUUUCACCAAGAACUACAAGAAGAAACAUGCUUGCAACUGAAUUGACUGUGAGUCUUCGACAAAACCUCCUUUGGGAGAGAAGACAAAAGUCAUCAGUCAAUGAAGCUGCUGCAGCUCUCAAACGAAGACACACUGCACAUGAUGUUGCAAACCUUAAACAAUACCCAGAGAAUGUUUAUAUGGAUAAGGAUGAUCAAGCUCUCAACUCAAGCUGGAAUCAAUACUUCAGUCAAGGGUUGGGAGAAUAUCAUUCCAAGGGAUGGUAA